UGUAACGACUGGGCUCGAAGGGGAUCGACGGAGGUACGAUGGAAGCUGAGACGUCAGCACGAGGUACGAGGCAGAGCUGGUCGAGUCUACUUCGGAGACACUAGACAACAAGACUGUUAGGUAGUAGCAAUUCUACCUGUGUACGAAGUUGGUGAAUGAAGAACAAGACAGCAGAAGGCUGUCCUUUUAUCUUCAUCAGACUAGAGCUGGAAGCAAGAAAGACAAGAUGUAGAACCCAUAAGACAGUAAGACAAGAAACAAGGCCAAAGUCUCAAAAACUGUGGGCGACGUCUAGCCAGACGCGCCAGGAGACAAAGAGAUGUCUCAGAUUGGGUCAGGCGAGAGUAAGAGACUUGAGCCAGAAGAAAGUAAGCAA